CACUUUCUCCGUGGCGUUUUGUUCGCGCUGUGUUUUCACUGUGUUUAUUGCAACCGCGCCUUGGCACCUGCUAACGCACAACCAGACCCAGCAAGGACGGGAUUGUUGAUUUUACAAAUCUGGUUCCCCAGAUAAAUAAAUAUUAAAUCUAGCAAAUAGUUGGUUUGUGGGCGCCUCCACGAAAUCAACAAAAUCUUAAAGUUGUUCUGUAAAUUUCGACGCCGCCGACGCCGACGCCACGUGUAUAACAGCUGACACGAGGUCAAAACAUGUUUCGAGCUAAUUUAACCAUACGCAGCUUGCAGAGCUGCAACCCGUGUUUUGUUGUGGUCAUAGACAGUGCAUUGACUUUUUUAACACGACAAAAAGUGUUAUCUCCGUCCACGGUAACAGGGAAAUCACCAUACUUUUCAAAUGCCAGGAUGCCGAAUUCAACCCUUGAGAAUUCACCGAAUGCGGUGCUAAAUAAAGCAGUCGCAGAGAGGUAUAGGAGUUUACCUUGCCCAGAUGGUAAGGUGCAAGCCACCUACAUAUGGAUUGAUGGUACCGGAGAAAACGUCAGGGCAAAAACACGCACACUGGAUUUCGUUCCUGCUAAAGCGGAAGAACUGCCAACAUGGAAUUACGAUGGAAGUUCCACAUAUCAAGCCGAGGGUACAAAUUCCGAUACAUAUUUGUGCCCCGUGGCCGUUUACAGUGACCCCUUCGCCAGAGGCAACAAUAAAUUAGUACUUUGUGAUACUUACAAAUACAAUAAAAAACCAACGGAUACAAAUAAACGAAACUCGUGCCUACAAGCAAUGGAAGCGGCGAAAGAACACAUACCGUGGUUUGGAAUCGAACAAGAAUACACGCUGCUCGACAUGGACAUGCGGCCUCUCGGGUGGCCUAAAAACGGUUUUCCAGGACCACAAGGACCAUAUUAUUGCGGUGUCGGGGCCAAUAAAGUUUAUGCACGUGAUAUUGUAGAGUCACAUUAUAGCGCGUGUUUGUACGCCGGAGUUCACAUUUCGGGAACAAACGCUGAAGUUAUGCCUGCUCAAUGGGAAUAUCAGGUCGGCCCGUGCGAGGGAAUUUCGAUUGGGGACCAACUGUGGAUUUCAAGGUAUAUUCUGCAUCGCGUUGCUGAAGAUUUUGGUGUUAUUGUGACCUUCGACCCCAAGCCGAUCGAAGGUGACUGGAAUGGUGCAGGCGCUCAUACUAACUUCUCUACGAAAGCUAUGAGGGAAGAAGGUGGAAUUAUAGAAAUCGAAAAAGCUAUCGACAAGCUCAGCAGGAACCACCUUCGUCAUAUCCAAGCAUACGAUCCCAAAGGAGGAAAGGACAACGAACGUCGCCUUACUGGAAGACAUGAAACCUCUUCAAUCCAUGACUUUAGCGCAGGUGUGGCCAAUCGCGGCGCAAGUAUUCGUAUUCCUCGCGGGUGCGCCGAAGAGAAGAAAGGUUAUCUUGAAGACAGAAGACCGGCGUCUAAUUGCGAUCCUUACUCUGUCUGUGAAGCGCUAGUAAGAACAUGCAUUUUAGAUGAAUAAUGAAAACACGUCGCGUGUUCCUAAAUCAAUUUUAUUUUUGUUUACACAUUUUACGUUUGUAAUUGUAUAAUUAUAAAUUAAUUAUGAAUUAUUGAUAAACUUUAUAUAUUCUUUUGAAGAGUUUUAUUCUUCGAAGUGACAACACUCACUAUGUUCAGUAUAUAUUAACGUCAUAUCAAUAGUGUAAGUGAUGCAUGCUACCAAAACGGUUGAAGGGAUAGACUUUAAAGCACGAUGCUGUAUAUGAAAAUGUAUUUUGUUACGUUGUAAAAUAGUUUAUACAACUGUUGUAAUUCCAAGAUUUAAAUAUAUUUGCUAUAUUCACAAGAA